ACAUUGAUUAUCAUUUCUGGUCACCAUUUUACACAUAACCGGAAAAUCAAGGGACUGUUUGGGAGAACAGAAGAAGAUGGCGUCUUCCUGCAGCUGCAACUCCGUGAAUUUCAAAGCAGCAUCUUUCCAUCCAAACAAGCCCUUAGCUCCUACACCCAGUCAUCUCCUCCCCACUUCCAAACCUUCGCAGCUCGCCUCUCUCUCCCUUCGUUUAAAUCAAAAUCAGUCGCAAACCCAUUUCAGGAAAUCGAAAGCUGUUCCUGGUUUGCAGGUUGUUGCUUCUGGUCAAAAGGGGGAGCCUUUGAGGGUUAUGAUAUCAGGAGCUCCUGCUUCUGGGAAAGGAACUCAAUGUGAGCUUAUUACUAAAAAGUAUAACUUGGUGCACAUUGCGGCAGGAGAUCUUCUUCGGGCUGAAGUUGCUGCAGGGACUGAAAACGGGAAGCGUGCUAAGGAAUUCAUGGAAAUGGGGAAGCUUGUUCCCAACGAAAUAGUUGUCAUGAUGGUUAAAGAGCGUUUGUCACAGCAAGAUUCUCAGGAGAACGGGUGGCUCCUCGACGGAUAUCCAAGAAGCGAAUCCCAAGCUACCGCCCUCAAGAGUUUCGGUUUCGUUCCAGAUAUCUUCAUUCUUCUCGAAGUCCCUGAAGAGAUCCUCGUUGAGAGAGUUGUUGGCCGCAGACUAGAUCCCGUCACCGGGAAAAUAUACCAUCUUACAUAUUCUCCCCCAGAAACGCAAGAAAUCGCUGCAAGACUCACGCAACGUUUUGACGACACUGAAGAAAAGGUUAAACUGCGUUUGCUCACUCACAACAGCAACGUGGAGUCCGUGCUUUCAUUAUACGAAGACCAGAUAGUCAAAGUGGACGGAACUCUCCCCAAAGAGGAGGUAUUCUCACAAAUUGACAGCGUACUGACAGAGCUUCUCACGAAAAAGGGAGCUGCGUUGGGCUCACUGGCUGCAUAAAACUGGCUCAGCUCUAGAAAUGGAGCAAGGUUCGUGCGAAAGGGAGGUACAUAAAUAUAGAGAAAAGAUAUCAAAUUCAUAAAAAUUGCCUUACCGAAGAAAAUACCAUGUUUCACUGCUUUGGGAUGAUCGGGAAGAAUAAAGAACAUCAUCUCUUCGUAUACCAAUUUGCAAGUUUUUUUCUUCAAUUCAUCCGUGUUUGUACAUAGAUGAAGCGAUUCGAAUUAGCCGUUGCUGCGUUUUCGUUAGUGCUCGUGCUUUUCAUUGUUGACGUCUUCAAGACUGUUUAUCGAUGUUUAUGCAAGUCGAUUAUAUGCUCUUGAUGUUGCAAUGACUUGUUCAAUGAUAUGAAUUUUUCUAGUA